GCGGCUCCUGGGCAGAGUGAGGGGCGCGUGUGGCGGGGUAGCGGUAGGACGGUGGCCGCGCGGGGAGCGCAGGGCAUGGUGGUGCACAUCAUGUCCAAACUGAGGGUGUCCCGUGUGGGGCUUGGGAUACUGCUGGGUGCGGCUGCAGGGAUCGGGUUCUUGUAUGUGUUCUACAGACAGAGGCGGAAAAGGCCCUGGUGGGGACGCAGCUCCAGGCACUCUGGGGUUCAGUACAUGCAGAACUCUGUGGGGCCCCAUGAAAAUGCAGAGACUCGGGGGCACCAUAACCAGGUUCUGCUUAUAAGACAAGCACCAAUGGAGGCUGGUGAUGGCAUUACAUACACAACUCUUUUAACACGAGAAGAGCAGGUGGAAGUGCUGAACCGUCUGGACUUUGUGCUGAAAAACAUUAUAGAGCUACGAAAAGAAGUGGAGGAGCUGAAGAACAGCCUGCAGAGUUUAGCUGGGGAGAUCAUUGGAGAAGUCAAGUCCCACCUGGAAGAAACCCAGAAGGUAACUCGGCGGAGGCGAUACCCAUUUCCUAGAGAGAGGAGUGAUUCCACAGGGUCCAGCUCUAUUUAUUUCACAGCCAGCUCAAGAGGGGCCAAUACAGAUGAUGGUGAAAGUGAGGGAGGGUACACCACAGCCAAUGCAGAGUCUGACUAUGACCGGGAGUCAGAGAGAGAGAGUGAGGAAGGGGAAGAUGAAGUGAGCUGUGAGACAGUGAAGACUGCACGGAGGGAUUCACUGGACCUUGUCAAUGAGGAUGAAACUGUUUUGGUCUUUGACUCUACAAUGGAGGAGGAAUUUGGUCAGCUGCUGCAGCAGGCUGACCAGCUGCAUAGUGGGAAUAACCAGGAGAAGAGGGAAGGAUUCCAGCUGCUGCUUAACAAUAAACUGGUGUAUGGAGACCGGCAAGAUUUCCUUUGGCGCCUGGCUCGAGCAUACAGUGAUCUGUAUGAAAUCACAGAGGAUGCAGACGAAAAGAAAUCAUAUGCUUCUGAUGGGAAAGAAGUGGCAGAGGCAGCCCUACAGAAAGGGGAUCAAAGUGCUGAGGGUCACCAGUGGUAUGCUAUUCUUUGUGGCCAGUUCUCAGAACAUGAAAGUAUUCAGAAGCGUAUUCAAGCUGGGUAUGUUUUUAAGGAACAUGUUGAUAAAGCAAUUGCCCUGAAACCAGAUGACCCCAAGUCUUACUAUCUUCUGGGCAGGUGGUGUUACCAGAUCGCUCAUCUGGGAUGGCUUGAAAGAAAGACUGCUUCUGCCUUGUAUGAAGCACCUCCUACAGCCACUGUCCAUGAUGCACUGCAGAACCUUUUAAAGGCUGAAGAGCUGAGCCCAGGAUUUUCCAAAGCAGGAAGGGUGUACAUUUCUAAGUGCUACAGAGACCUGGGGAAUAACUCUGCAGCUGUUCAGUGGAUGAAUCUGGCUUCAGAGCUGCCAGUUAUCACAAAUGAGAAGUGGAAAAGAAAUAAGAAGACUUCCUCUUACUGCUUGGAAAACCUGAAUAGAAUUUUAAAAAAACUAUAAAGACGUGUAUCAGGUAGGAGGAGGGAUAUGAGAAAUUUGCUUUAAAAAAAAAAAAUAGAGUUGAAUAAGAAAAUGAAACCAAGUGAGUAACCUUUAAUUUUGUAAAUGGGACUGGAUUAAACCCACUGGCCAUUGUGAUGUUUAUCAUUUCUUUCUUUGCUGUCUCAGGAUGAAAAAAUAAAGAGAGAGAUGGAGGAGAUGCAAGGAAUCUCAGAAGAAUAAGGUUGUUGUUUUUUUUUAAGAGCCCAGUCCUCUGAUAACUGUGGUGUGGACAGGACAAAUUACAGUCUAAAGGAUUUCACAAUCUGGACCACCUUGGAUUGGGCUUCAUGGGCAAACCACAGAUCUUACAAAGAACAAACCAAACUGCAGUUUCAACAGCACUUCCCUGAGGAGUUAAAUCUUGGCAGAGACUCACAGGACUAAACUCUAAUUCUGUUCAUCUGCCUGCCUGUUGCACCAGAUAUAAUCUAAUGAAUCAAGCGCUUGACCUGUUCAAUGCAGCAGCCAUCAACUUGAUUGGAUUUUAGUUGUUUCCUCUAUGCCUUUGAUUUUCAAAUUCAUCUACCUACACUUCCCAAGAAGUAUUUAUUGCUCAACUUCUAUCGGGCGAGGACAUAAACAUGUGAACUUCAAGAUGUGAUGGGAUCCUGUGCUCUAAUUAAUAAAAUGUCACAGGCAUGGUUCUAGUGUGUUAUGAAGGCUGGGAAUCAACAGCUACCCUUAGCUAUGCCUAUAUUUCUUUAUAGUUAGUGACAACCAUUGCUAAUAGGCAGAGUGGAGAAUGUCAAUCUUUCCUUACUGCUGAGCUCUUUGAUUGCUCAUGGCUUUUUCAGCAAAGGUUUCUUCAGUUGAGAAUCCAGGGUGGGCAUGGCAACC